GAAGAGCCUCCCACCCGCCCUCCUCCUCUAACCUAAAUAAUAAGACCCGUUGCGGCAAGCAGAAUGUCCAGUGACAGCGCGUGGCGUAAGGGUUCAGGAGAACCUAGUUUUGCUCAAAUUUUGAAAAAGAAUAUUCCUCCAAAACCAUCACAGCAAACACUAAAUGUGACUUUUACACCACAGGGCGGAACUGCAGAAGAUUUAGACUCUGGUGUAUCCAGAGUAAUUCAAAUUUCAGGUCAAUACCCAAAGUCACAAUUUGUUGAAUAUACUAAACCACUCUCAAACAGUGCACUACCACCAAAGAAAGUUUCCAGGGAAUUUAUUGAUAAAUACAGACGUGGUGAGAUCAACCCAGUUUCAGCCUUGCAUCAGUAUGCACAAAUGUUGCGAAUGCAACUAAUUUUAAAAGAAACUGUAGCAACAGGUAAUAUUUUUGGACAAUAUUUUGCAUUCUGUGCUGUGAUUGAUGGGGUUGAAUAUAAAACAGGAAUGGGUCAAAACAAGAAGGAAGCAAAAGCUAAUGCUGCACAAUUAGCUCUUGAUGAACUUUUGGACACCGAACUGAGCAAAACUUCAACUACAGGUCCUGCACCAAUACCUGCUGAACGAAGAGUAAUAUCUUCACCGUGUUUGCCUUCAAGAACCCAACCGUCAAAGUUAGGAUAUGAAGGAAGGAAUUCAUAUUAUAAAGCUGUUUCUGUAGCCUGCAGAGAUGUUUUCAACAAGUUGACUGCUAACCUACCUGAGCUCCAAAAUUGUAGCAGCUCCUUGGCUGCUUUUGUAGUUGAAAGGUAUGGACAACCUUAUGAAGUUGUUGCAAUUGGAACAGGAGAGAUGAACUGCAAUGAUCCCUUGUAUUCUGAAGGACGAAUCAUGCAUGAUUCCCAUGCUGUAGUUACUGCAAGGCGCUCAUUAUUGAGGUAUCUUUACAGGCAUCUUCUCAUGUUCUACAACAAAAAUCCUGAUGUGGUGAACCAGUCUAUUUUUUGUAUCGACACUGGAAGGAAUGUUAUUACUGUAAAGGAUCGUAUUAACUUUCACCUUUACCUGAAUCAACUACCAAAAGGAGCUGCACAGAUAAAACAGUUGCACCUGGCUCCUCACUCAAUAUCUACCUUUCAUACUAAUAAAGAGAUGGAACUUCAUGUUAUUUUGGAUGGGAAGGUGUUCGCAAUUAGUCAUUGCAGCCCUGAAGUAACUGCUUCUAGAGUGUGCAGCAUGUCAGCCAGUGAUAAGCUUACUCGUUGGGAAGUGCUUGGAGUUCAAGGUGCUCUUCUUAGUCACUUCAUUGAACCUAUCUACAUCACCAGCAUUCUUAUUGGUGACACCAACUGCACAGAUACACGUGGAGUAGAGGUUGCAAUUAAACAGCGUGUAGAUGACUCACUGACUUCAAAGCUCCCAAAUUUCUACAUUGUCAGCAAACCACAAAUAUGUCUUACAGAAACUGCCUUUCCCUGUCUAACAAAUUCUGUUCAUAAAACCCUCAGUCUGAACUGGUCUCAGUCAGAUUCUUUGGUAGAAGUGGUGAAUGGUACAACUGGAAGAAUCGCUGAAAGCUCACCAUUUAAAAGUGGUACCUCCAUGACUAGUCGCUUGUGCAAAGCUGCCAUGCUGAGUCGUUUCUAUCUUGUUGCAAAAGAAGCAAAUAGAGAAGAUUUAUCUAUGGUUCCAACAUAUCAUGCAGCAAAGAUGAUGGCAAAGUCAUAUCAAGAAGCAAAGGUUUUGCUGAAAUCAUCACUGGUACAUCAUGGUUUUGGUUCCUGGUUGGUCAAGAAUCCAAAUGCUGAAGUAUUCCAAAUGCAAUGA